GGGCGGUAGCUUCCGCUGCGCCUUCUCCUCCUGGUCGUUGGUUGGCCGCGCAGCUCGCCAGCUGCGGAUCUCAUCCUCGGUUUGUGUUUUCCCUGAGGCGAAGGCGGAGGCGGAGGCUCCUAGCAAGCUGUAGUUUGGUUUUCAACAGUAACCUCACAAGUUAGUGAUGUCGCUUUGCUAGGCUCUGCUGCCAUGAAGGUGAAAAUUAAAUGUUGGAAUGGCGUGGCCACUUGGCUCUGGGUGGCCAAUGAUGAGAACUGUGGCAUCUGCAGGAUGGCAUUCAACGGCUGCUGUCCUGAUUGUAAAGUGCCUGGUGACGACUGCCCUUUGGUGUGGGGCCAGUGCUCCCAUUGCUUCCACAUGCACUGCAUCCUCAAGUGGCUCAACGCGCAGCAGGUGCAGCAGCACUGCCCCAUGUGCCGCCAGGAGUGGAAGUUCAAGGAGUGAGGGUCUCCCCUCCCUCAGAUGGCCCCCUCCAGGUCCCUCAGAACCGCAUUUCUGCUGGCAGCAGUUCCCAUUGGGCUGUGAAGGGUUGAACCGAG